AUGGGUUUGCCUGAUCUUCCUGGUGAGAUUGUCUACGACAUACUCUCAAGACUACCCGUCAAGUCUCUGCACCGUUUCAAAUCCGUUUCCAAGCCAUGGCUCGCUCUCAUCACCGACCCCAAAUUCGUCAAGUCACACCUCCAUCAUCAAUCCACAAACGACGACAACACGAACCAGAAGUUGAUCAUCUGCUCUGCCGCUUCUCCCUCCAUCUAUUCCGUAGAUUACCGAGCACGUGAUCACACCGUGACUGAGCUUAAAAGUCCCUGCAACUCUAAGUCUUGUGUUUCAGUUAUGGGCUCAUUCAAUGGGGUCGUACUCUUAUAUAUUGAUGAUGAUGAAUUAUGUUUAUGGAACCCAUCAACUAGAAUCUAUCAGAAACUUUCACCAUCUCCCGAGUGCCCAGAGUACCAAGACAAGAAUAUGACGUAUGGGCUUGGUUAUGACUCUGUUAGUGAUGGCUUCAAGGUUGUUCGGGCUGUCGUCAGCCCUUUGACAAAAGACCCUACUCCUGUUUAUGUGUUCACUUCUAAACUAAGUUCGUGGAAGAGGAUUGAAGACCUUGGCAACUCUAGUUUUGGUGAUGCGCCCGGGACUGUUAUGGAUGGGGCACCGCAUUGGGUUGUGACUUUCAACCACGAUAUGUAUUCUACUUGUGGGAUUGUUUGUUUUGAUGCUACGGAGGAGAAAUUCAAGGAGGUGCCCAUGCCUAUUUGUGUAGACGCGAACAGUUGUAUUGAUUUGGGAGUUUUGGGUGGAUGGCUUUGUGUGGUUGACAACAGUUGGGGGAGUCAUUCCGAUGUUUUGGUGAUGAAGGAAUACGGCGUGAAAGAAUCUUGGACCAAGUUGUUUGUUUUACCAAGUGAGCCAGGAGAGUUCUACUUUCCCUUCUGUAGAAUCUGUACAAUGUUACUUUACACAAAGGAUGGAGAGGUUGUAAUGGAUUCGAAGAAGCCAAUGAUCUUCAACCCGAAACAAAACAGAUACAAGCGGAUUGAGAUCCCUCCGGAUUGCGAGUGGUUUACUGCGGCUUUUUAUUUGGAGAGUCUUGUUUCACCUCGUGGCUGCAAUGGCCUAAUCAGAUGA